AGUUCGUUGACCUGAAAAUCCCAAAAUGCUCAAUACGACCUUUUCCAUUUAGCACGCGACAGCCAAUAAAUAAUGAAAUAAAUUUUCGGAAAAUGGAUAAAGGUUUUCAAAUGAAUAGAUCCGCCUUUAAUUGAUAUCUAUUAACACUUGCGCUUGACACUUCAGUAUUCACACCUAAAGUAAUUAAACUUAAUGGAGGACAUAAAAUUGAACUUUUACUACCCGUUAACGAGAAUAAAUGAAAAUAACGACAUAAAUGAACGGAUAGUACAUAGUAGAUUCAACAAGACUCUCGGAGCAGUCGGCUGCUGGAGUGCAUCAGGCAUUCUUGUUCGUGUUGGCUGCAGGACACGAUCUGAGCAACGUGGACCGUUACCCCCACCGACCUAUAUGCCGAUGGUAUAUAUGGACAGGAUAUCUUCUAACAACGACUAGUGAGCUUGCGAAUUUUCCGUCAUCCGCAUUCAUCUCAUCUGCAUUUCCUCAACCAAUGACAUCAUAAUCUCCAAUUGUGGCAUUAAUUAUCUGUAAUCAGUUUCAAUCAGACUGUUCCCAGAGUUUCGUUCCGUUGAUGUUAUCAGAAAGAAGAAGGGAUAUCUCAAUUAGUUUCACGCGAUGGAUUUUCUAAUGACAGCUGUGGAUUAGAGGACUAUGACACUGUCGCCAUUUUCAUUCUGAUAUCAUUGCCCUUCCGGAUUGGACUCGUUUGAUCUCAAUAUGGAGACCAAAAGAAAGAAGAACACUCGUGAUGUAGUUAGAAGUGAUGAUGUGAUGGACAAUAUUCUGAAAUGCGUGAUUUUUUUCAUUCUGUGCACAAGACCAACUGAUGGAAAAUUCACGAAUGACACAACACCGAGGGAUUUUGUCGACCGUUGCAGACGUGAUUGUGUCAUCAAGAGAGAUGUUGUGGUUUGCGGCAAGUACCGGGUGGUCAGGUGGCUUCACGAAGUUGUUCGUGAAAAGGAGUUCAGUUACGGACCGUUCAAGGUGAUAAGAAUACCAGCGGUCACGAGGGAUUCCGUUCUGCCGGAUCUGCCGAGACCCAGGGAUUUGAAAUUUGGGAUUGGGGAGACGCUCAGUUUUAUGAAGGAUGUGGGGGAGGAUCUUAUCACGAGGAGGGCCAUUGUUUACACUUAUCAACCGCCACUGGAGAACUCUAGGACUUUUGCUGAUGGGCCCAUUAUUAUGGAUGAGGAUGAGAUGGUUAGUCUCCAGAGGGGGCAACCAGAGAGCUUCAGGCUGUUCAAGAAGAAGAAGGCGAUAAUUCUACCGAUUUUGAUUCUCCUGAAUCUGAUGAAAUUGAAGAUGAUGCUGAUUCCAAUAAUCUUCGGCGUUCACAUGAUAAAGAAGUUGAUAGUGAUUGGGGGAUUAUUCGUUCCUGGAUUUCUCUCCAGGCUGAAGAUCUGUAAAGUUGCUCCGCCGCCGUCAUAUCAAGCCUGGGCGAAUGCUGUGGCCGAACCCCCCGUGGAUUAUCCAACAGAUUGGUUUUUCAAGGUUUCGGACAUGAUGAGCCUGGUUGGUCUCACAGGAAUGACCUGACACCGGGGUAUCCCUACCAUGGCUAUCCGGCAGCACCAGCUUACGGUCCUGCCUACUACAGACAACGGUGAUGAAGACGAGACAUAAGUCUGAUUUAGCUCGUAACCUUCCUCAAUUAUACGCCGAGGAGUUUUUAACAAGAAUUUAUGUACGAGUCGUUGUUAAAGACCGCAAUUCUGAUCGAGGAAAUGAAAGAAUUUAAUUGGGUUAUUAUUUUUUGUACGGAGGUGAUGCAGUUUUGACAGGAGAACGUAGAAAAGGAAUUGAAGAAGGCUGCUGAAGAAAAAAAGUUGCAGUUUUCAAGGAAUAAUCACUUGUCAGUCAAUUUCUGUUGAUUUCAGCAUUUUUUUUCUGGAUCUCAAGGGGAAAAUUCCUGAUUUUGAGGGGUUUCGACUCAGUGAUGAGUAUCACAGAAAAUAAAAACUAGAUUUCUUAGGAGGUGAAAAUUUUUUUAGUCUGUGAAAAGGAUAAGGUUAAAGGAUAACCUUUUCCUAUCCUGAUGCAAUCCACACCCAAAAAAAUUAUAUCAUAUUUUAAGAUUUCAAAGGUCUAAAGAUGCGAUUUUUAAGUCGUAAUUUAUGACUUUCGAAGUCUUAAGUGGAGACUUAAAGUUUUCAAUUUGAAAUUUUCAAAGUCGAAAUAUUUGACACUUGAGUCACUUUCAUAGGCUCAAGUUGAGACUUUUGAAUGCCUCAAGUUAAGACUUUUGGAACGAAACGUGAAAUUUUUCUUCAAGUUCAGGAGCUAAACGGUAAAAUGGUUGAAGUCGACUCAUCUCUUAGUUGAGUUUUCGAAGAAUAUCUUCGAAUCCAAGGUAGAUGGUGCAAUUUUGAUAACCACUUUUUUGUAGCUCUUAAUUUUCUCUGCAAAAAAUAUUGUGACAACAAUUUUGCUAUUUGCCUCAGAUUACGAGAUAUGCACUGAAAACUGCUCAAUAGCCAAAAUCGACUUGAAUUAUUCAUGUUUAAGACUUUCAAAUUCCUACCAAAUAAUUAUUUUUUGGUAAAUUGCAACUAACGAUUUUGUUGGCCCGAGCAAGACCUGUUUGAGAACUUAUUCGUUAUUCUUUCAGUGUACUCAAUUAAGUUAUGAUAAUUUCAACUUGGCAUUUUCGAAAGUCUUGAUUUGAGAAUUGAAACUCUCAAUUUAAGCCAUUUGAAAAUCUCAAUUGAGACCUCUAAAAGUCCCAAAAUAAAGCGUAUUUUUUUGGGUCCAAUUAAUUUUUCGUCUGAAUGACGCGGUUAAACGCCUCCCGUCAAAACAGCAUUCACCUUCUUUCGUUCCACCCAAUACUCUAGAUUCCAGACUAAACCUCAAACUAUUCCACGCCAUGCUCGAUCAAUUUGAAAACUCCUGACUUAUCCAUUUAUUUAUGUACAUCAUCGAUUUCCUACACCUUCAGAAUGAUCAACAGAUAAAACUAUACUGAAGACCUAA